CGGGACUUGCAGCUCGCUCCCAGCGCAGCGCUACUCUCGGAUCCAUAUGUUGGUGAAAGCCAGACUGAAUCGCUAUGGGAACUUCACCAAGCGAGUUCCUCCGAGUCUGAACCGAAGCAGCAACUCAUCGCGUCUGAACGGAACCGCAGAACCGGCCCACCUCGACUCGGAGGGCGGCCUACAAGUUGUUCAACUCCAGAAGAAGAAGAAGCUAUGGACUCGAGAGACACAGCCCCGGAUUCAUGGGAGCAGGAGGAAGAUGCCGAGGCCCCGGCUCCCGCGGCGGAGCUCCCAGCCGCCUUCGCCGCCCUCAAUGUGAACGCCAAGCCGUUCGUCCCCAACGUGAACGCCCCGGUGUUUGUGCCGAGCUUCCUUCAGGCCAGCAGCGCCGGAAUCCCGGCUUCAGACGCGCCAGUGGAGAACGGAAACACGGAGGCUGACAUGGCGGCGGAGGAGGAAACGUGGGAGCAGAAGGAGGAGCCCGGGGGAGGCGAGGGAGGCGGCGGACAGGAGGAGCUGGGAACGGAGGGAGGCGGCGAAGAAGGCGGCGCCAUGGGGAGAGAGGAUGAGGAGAUGAUGGAGGAGGAAGAGGAGGAAAUCCCCCUCCCUAAGGUGGCCCCACCGCUGCCUGAUGCUCCCAAGAAGGAACACGUAAACGUCGUCUUCAUCGGUCACGUCGAUGCUGGUAAAUCCACCAUCGGAGGGCAGAUCAUGUACCUCACUGGGAUGGUGGACAAGCGAACACUGGAGAAAUACGAACGAGAGGCGAAGGAGAAGAACAGGGAGACAUGGUAUCUGUCGUGGGCUCUGGACACCAACCAGGAGGAGAGAGACAAGGGCAAGACGGUGGAGGUGGGGAGGGCUUACUUUGAGACGGAGAAGAAACAUUUCACCAUCCUGGACGCGCCGGGACACAAGAGCUUCGUCCCCAACAUGAUCGGCGGCGCGUCGCAGGCCGACCUGGCGGUUCUGGUCAUUUCGGCCAGAAAAGGCGAGUUUGAGACGGGCUUUGAGAAGGGCGGCCAGACGCGGGAGCACGCCAUGCUAGCUAAAACAGCCGGAGUUAAACAUCUGAUCGUUCUGGUCAACAAGAUGGAUGACCCCACCGUGAACUGGAGCCUAGAGAGGUAUGAGGAGUGUAAAGAGAAGCUGGUGCCAUUUUUAAAGAAGGUGGGCUUCAACCCAAAGAAGGACAUCCACUUCAUGCCUUGUUCUGGACUCACAGGUGCCAACCUCAAAGACCCAGUGCCCGAGUGUCCCUGGUACACGGGUCUGCCCUUCAUCUCCCACCUGGACAGUUUGCCAAACUUCAACAGAUCCAGCGACGGCCCCGUCAGACUACCGAUAGUGGACAAGUACAAGGACAUGGGGACGGUGAUCCUGGGGAAGCUGGAGUCCGGCUCCAUCAGUAAAGCUCAGCAGCUGGUCAUGAUGCCCAACAGGCACACGGUGGAGGUUCUGAGCCUGCUGAGCGACGACGUGGAGACGGACGACGCCGGGCCGGGGGAGAACCUGAAGCUGCGGCUCAAAGGAAUAGAAGAAGAAGAGAUUCUGCCCGGCUUCAUCCUCUGCAGCCCCGACAACCUGUGCCACUCGGGCCGCACCUUCGACGCUCAGAUUGUCAUCAUUGAGCACAAGUCCAUCAUUUGUCCCGGUUACAACGCGGUGCUGCACAUCCACACCUGCAUCGAAGAGGUGCAGAUCACAGCGCUGAUCUGCCUGGUGGAUAAGAAGACGGGCGAGAAGAGCAAGACGCGGCCGCGCUUCGUGAAGCAGGACCAGGUGUGCAUCGCCCGGCUGCGGGCCGCCGGCGUCAUCUGCUUAGAAACCUUCAAGGAUUUCCCCCAGAUGGGACGCUUCACUCUGAGAGACGAAGGGAAAACGAUCGCCAUCGGCAAAGUGCUGAAGCUGGUUCCAGAGAAGGACUAAACGCGGCGGCGCCGGCAUGCAUGGAGUUCCUCCACCCGUUACCGGGCGGAGAAACGGCGCCAGACCCAACAGCCACUCUCUCUCUCUGUUUAAAAACACAACAUUACUGAAGAGAAGAAGAAGAGCGAGGAGGAGGAGGAAUCAUGUCACGUGAAGAAAAAGAAAACGAGACUGAAUCAGUUUUUAUGAACAUUAUAGAAUGAGAGCCCAAGUCCAGAGUGUCAGCUUUCUCAUAUUGAGAGCUCAGCUAUGCCACUAAUGUAGCUACACGCCCCCACCCCGUCACCAUGGUUACGCUGUUGGCUGGACGCCAUGUUUGCUUUUAGGAUGGAGGUGGACGAUGUCUAGUUCCUGCAGAAGCACCAGAGUUAGCUCGGUGUUUCAGGAGUCCUGCAGAUGCGUUGAUCUGAUUUUAGGGAAAGUUGCACCAGAUCUUUAGUUUGGUUCUCUGGGUUGUCUGGACCGGGCUCGCACACAGUUCUGCUGCUGAUCCCAGGAUGGAAACAUGCUCACAUAAACAGGUGCACAGAGCUGUUACAUUAAUCCAGUCUGAAAAUAAAUGGUCAACCUGAAA